AUGUCCGGGCUAGGUCGCAAAAGACUGGCCAAGGAGCUUACCAAGGCACGUUUGAUUGCCACCCUGUCAACUAUCAACAGCGGCCUGCCGCCCGGUAUCAGCUUGGUCUCUGCCGAUAAUCUUGAGGAAUGGUUUCUUGACAUUGAGGUCCUCGAUCAAAACCCCAUCUACACUGGUCAACAAUACCGCCUGAAGUUCAAGUUUGGCGAUUCCUACCCAAUCGGCAAGUCUGCCCACUCGAUGCCGUCGCUGUCAGAAUCUCCAGAGGUCACGUUCGUCAAGCUGGACAAAAGACCGAUACCCAUGCACCCGCACAUCUACUCGAACGGCAUCAUCUGCCUUGACCUCCUGGGAUCGUCGGGAUGGAGCCCGGUGCAGAAUGUCGAGAGCAUAUGCAUGAGCAUCCAGAGCAUGCUGACCAGCAACAACAAGAACGAACGACCGCCUGGUGACGAGGAGUUCGUGCGUGGCAACCGCCUACGACCCAAGGAUAUCGACUUCUAUUACCACGAUAACACCGUAUAA